AUGCAGUGCAUGCGAAGUGUUGGUCAAGGCGGUGGUGGAGGAGGAGGAGUUGGUGUUACAGGUGGUGGGGCAGUGGAACGAAAGAUCCUGAUAAAGACGGAAGACUCACGUGGAGUGGCGAAUGGUGUCGAUGGCGUCAGUGGUGAGCACAACCACGAUCGAAGGUCACAGGAAGACGUGGAGCCGUGCCAUCUUGGCCCGCAGGUUGGGAGCGGGUCGGACGAUAAGAAGCUGAUGCCCACGCCGGAGGUGCGAACAUUCGUAAUAAGCGAAAAUCAGUGCAUCGUGUACGGGGCACGGGCGGGAGGAAGUGAAGAAUCAAGGGCAACCGCAACGUCACCCCUGCCUUCGUCCACGCUCCAGCAGCUACCCAUCUCCCAUCUGCCACCGAAGAAAACGCUCAAACUGGCCCUCGGGCUACGGGGUCCAAUAUCCCCAACGACCACCACAUCCCGGCAACCGUCACCUCCACCACUCACCUUACGCCGGCCAUCCGAGGACCCGGACCGGAUGAUGGCGCGGAUACAGAUCGUGUCCAAGGCGCACCAACACUCGUGCGACGAUGACGACGACGAGGCCGCCGACGGCGGACAGAAUCUACCGGUGCAGAGUGGUGUACUGGUGGGCGGUGGUCAGGGAGUACAUGUGAUAAGAGAUGGACGGUUCUAUCAACCUGCUUCAACGCAGCCACAGCUGCAGCAAGAUGCUCGCACUGACGUGAAGACGGAGCACGACCGGCAAGAACCGGACCACGCUCUGCUGGAGGAAGGCACGCGCGGUGGAUCGUUCCGCGUACAGCAGCACAGCAGCAUCAUCGUUACGAACGGUGGUGGCCGUCAUUCGUCACCAUCAUCCCCACCACCACCGCCACCACCACCUUCCCACCAAGGAGGACGCCUUUCGCCUGCCGGAAGCGGAGGUGUCGGGGUAGUGCAACAUCCUCACACUUCCAGCAGCAUCACGACCACGAUCCUCGUGUCAAACGAGCGUGCUUCCAGCUACAGCAAGCCGCCAACGCAGGCUACCUCUACUACAGCAACGACGGUUUCAAGCAGCAAGCAGCAGCAGCAGCAACACAGUAACAAUCAUCAUCAACACGGACACGUAACCUCAAUGCAGCCUCCACCUCCACCGCCACCGCUGAAGCUACCCAAGAGCGGUGGUGGACACGAGGAACCGUCCAGUUCCAUGCCUGAUUUAGAAUUCGAUGGCACAACCGUCCUGUGCCGGGUGUGCGGUGAUAAGGCGUCCGGUUUCCAUUACGGUGUCCAUUCCUGUGAAGGAUGCAAGGGUUUCUUCCGGCGGUCGAUACAGCAGAAGAUCCAGUACCGGCCGUGCACGAAAAAUCAGCAGUGCAGCAUACUGCGAAUAAACCGCAACCGCUGCCAGUACUGCCGAUUGAAGAAGUGCAUCGCCGUCGGCAUGAGUCGUGACGCGGUCAGGUUUGGGCGUGUACCGAAGCGGGAAAAGGCCCGCAUACUGGCCGCGAUGCAGCAGAGCACACAGAAUCGGGGCAACCAGCGGGCCCUGGCCAGCGAGCUAGACGAUCAGCCCCGUCUGCUGGCGAGCGUACUGCAGGCGCACAUCGAAACGUGCGAGUUUACGCGGGAAAAGGUCGCCGCCAUGCGUCAGCGGGCCCGCGACUGCCCGAGCUACUCGAUGCCGACUUUGGCAUGUCCCCUCAACCCAGCGCCGGAGCUACAAUCGGAGCAGGAGUUUAGUCAGCGAUUCGCACACGUUAUCCGGGGUGUGAUCGACUUUGCCGGCAUGAUACCCGGCUUCCAGCUGCUAACGCAGGACGACAAAUUUACCCUCCUGAAGGCGGGUCUGUUCGAUGCACUGUUCGUGCGAUUGAUCUGCAUGUUUGACACCACAAUCAACUCGAUCAUCUGCCUGAAUGGGCAGGUGAUGCGGCGCGACACCAUCCAGAACGGUGCGAACGCAAGGUUCCUCGUCGACUCGACGUUUAACUUUGCCGAGCGCAUGAACUCGAUGCAUCUGACCGACGCCGAGAUCGGACUGUUCUGUGCAAUCGUACUGAUCACGCCCGAUCGACCGGGGCUACGCAACGUCGAGCUGAUCGAGCGGAUGUACACGAAGCUGAAGGCUUGCCUGCAGACCGUUAUCUCCCAGAAUCGACCGGAUAAGCCAGAGUUCAUGCAGGAGCUGUUGCGUACGAUGCCCGAUCUACGCACGCUCAGCACACUGCACACGGAGAAGCUGGUUGUGUUCCGGACGGAGCACAAGGAACUUUUGAGGCAACAGAUGUGGUCGGCCGAGGAAGAUCCGGGUGCCGUGCUGGAUGCGAAGAGUCCGGCCAGUUGGAGCUGCGACGGUAAUCAGGUGGAGGUCGAGAUCGCCAAAAGCCCGAUGAGUUCCGUGUCGAGCACGGAGUCUACGGAAACGUCCUCCUCCUCUUCUUCGUCCUCCUCCGAGUACCAUCACCUGCAUCACCACCAUCAUCAUCACCACAACGGUGGCAUAUCGUCGGCAGCUUCCGCUGCUGCCCCACUGCUCGCCGCUACCCUGUCCGGUGCCUGUCCCAUCAUACGGCAUCGUGCAAGUUCGGGAUCGUCGGCGGAGGAUGAUCUUAUCGGUGGUACGGCGCAACAUUUGGCCCAGAACGGGCUAACCAUUACGCCCGUCAUCCGUUCGGUUGGUUCUUCAUCGUCGUCGGCCUCGUCCGCUUCAGGCGCCUCGAGUCACCUUCACCACCAUCAUCACCAUCAUCACGUGUCGCGGUACCGCAAGCUCGACUCGCCGACCGAUUCCGGCAUCGAAUCUGGCAACGAGAAGCACGACAAUCCAUCCCCGCAGCAAGCGCAACAGCAGCAUCUGCUGCUCCACCCAAAGCCGGCCGCCAGUAGCAGCGUCAGCAGUGAUUCCUCGUCCUGCUCCAGCCCCCGCUCAUCACUCGAGGAUCCCGCCCUGGAAGAUAGUAGCAGUAACCAGAGCAAAGCACUCCAUCACCCACAGCAAUCCCUGGCGCGCCAUGCGAGCGUCGAGAACAUGCCGGUUCUGAAGCGUGUCCUGCAAGCACCGCCCCUAUACGACACCAACAGCCUAAUGGACGAGGCGUACAAACCUCACAAGAAGUUCCGCGCCAUGCGCCAUCGCGAGAGUGAAGCGGAAGCGGCCUCCUCCUCUACCACGUCCGCAUCAUCCUCACCGGUAGCGGUAACAACCGUGCUUGCAUCCUCUUCCUCGCCACGACCGGCGGCGGCCCAGCCCCACCAGCAGCAGCAAUCGUCCGUCGUGACGGCGGCAGCUCCAUCACCACCGCAGCACCAUCAGUCCCAGCUGCACAUGCAUUUAACCCGACCUCAGACACAGUCCCACCAAAGCACCGGCAGCUUCCUGCAAUCGACGUCGGCAAGGUCCAGCCCGCAGCCACCGGUUAACGGGCAGCAGCAUCACAGCACCACCUACUCAUCGCUCUCGAGCACACACUCCGUGCUGGCCAAGUCACUGAUGGAGGAACCGCGCAUGACUCCGGAGCAGAUGAAGCGCACCGACAUCAUCCACAACUACAUUAUGCGUGAGUCGGCCCAGGAGCAGCAGCAGCAGCAGAACUACAUCAAGCAGCAGCAGCAGCAGCAGCAACAGCAGGGAGGACUGCUUGUCUGUGGACCGAAUGUAGCGAAUGGUGUGUUCCAGCGUGCUUCACCUCAUCUAACCGUGUCCGCCGUGUCUCCGGCACCGUCCUCCUCCUCCUCAUCUUCCUCCUCGAGUCCUGCCUCCGCACCGAACGGAGGAUGUCCGUUUGGAGGUGCCCGGUUCCAGCAGGUGAUCCACGGUGGUGCAGCGGCCAGUGUCAUCACGACAACCGGUCACCGUGCCCAGCAGACACCGUCGCCGGGUAGCCUCACACCACCCGAUACCUCCUCCUCGUCGUCCUCCUCGUCGUCGUCGCUUUCGGUCGUGUCCUCACCACCGUCGGCGGCCUCACCCUCCUCUUCCUCGUCGACGAGCAUCCGCUACUUCCAGUCACCACACUCCACGAUGACCUCACCGGCACCGCCGGCCUCCCCAUCGUCGGUAGUGGUCGCACCGCCGCUCACACCUUCACCGCGCCUAAUCGAGCUAAAGGUGGACAUUGGCAGUAGUGGGGCAGCGGCCUCCACCACCACCACCCUCGAUCCGUGCCAGCAACCAUUGAACCUGUCGAAGAAAUCGCCAUCGCCCGCCCCGGUCGGUGUGGUGUCGGUCGUCCAACGGUCAAUGGUGCUGCCUACCGCGUCCUCCUCCACAUCGCCCGCACCCAUCUCACCGGUGGCACCUGCUGCAACGACGGUGGUAGUGGCGACCAGCAGCAGCAGCAGCAGCAGCAGCAGCAGCAGUAGCAGUAGUACUAGUGCCAGUGCCAGCAGCAAUCCCACCAUUCACAAGAUCCUACUCGAGGCGUAAAAGAGAGAGAGAGAGAGAGAGAGUCAUACGAAAGUAAACCACAAGAGGCAGACCACAGAGAUAUAUCCGGACGAGAAGGGGAGUCGUCGAGAACCUUACAUCUACACAUCUGUACAAACUUUUUAAUGUGUUAAGGCAACGG